ACCUCGAUAAGUUAUAUCGCCGUCUUUAUAAAUUCCCCACCUGUAUUUUCCGUCAUUGAUGGAGAAACUUGCAAGAAAGCCAAAAGCCCGGACAUCGGUUUCCUUGGAGAAGUCAUGUCUCAGCAUAGUUUAUAG